CUGAUGUGCACUGAGGUAGUGUGUCAGAGUUUCUUAGGAUGGGUGUCCUGCAAGCUUUGUUAGUGCUGGGUGUGAUUGGGGCAUUUGACCUGAAGAAUGCAUGGGGAAGUUUGAGAUAUGGUCAAAGUCCAAGCAGCAUGAAGCCACAAUUAGAUCCAGCUUCUGGAGGUCCUGCUCUUUCUUCUCAAGGGUUCUGGAACCCUUUGCAAAAGGCUUCUCCGUUUCAGAGUCUUGACUCCAGAAGAUUUGCACAAGAGCCUCUUGGUCUUCAGGAGAAGCAGAUGUUGCAGGGUCCAGUGAAGCCUUUGGACUGGAGGUUUCCCGUUGUUCCGGAGGUGCCGAGCGAGAUGGCGGAGGACUUCCAGUUGAGGCAACCCGUGACUCCCGGUAGUGUAGCUAUUCAAUGCGGUGAGAACCGGGUUCUGGUUGAGGUAAAGCAAGACUUAUUUAGCAAUGGUCAACUGAUCCAGCCAUCUGGAUUGUCUUUGGGAGGAUGUCCCGUUGUUGGUGAGGACUCAAACUCUAGGGUGCUCAUCUUGGAGCAUGAACUGCAGGACUGCAACAGUGUGUUGAUGAUGACUGAGGAUGAGCUUGUCUACAGCUUUGCUCUUACCUACACUCCUGAGGCGCUCGCUGGCACUCCGAUUACUCGUGCCGAUGGUGCUGUUGUUGGUGUUCAAUGCCACUAUCAAAGGUCUCACAAUGUGAGCAGUAAUGCCUUGAGGCCAACUUGGGUCCCUUAUGCUAUAUCAUUUUAA